AUGAAGUUCCUUGCACUCAUAUCAUCUGUAAUAGCCCUGAUCAUUCAAGUCACGGCCUUAGAAUUACAAGCCCCGCCAAACGUCGAGCCGUUGUUUAACAUCACAAUUUUCGCUAAUCCCAUACCCCACGGACCGGUUGCAAUCCAAGGAGGCGAACAAGUCGUGCUCACCGUUGCCUUCGGCGCCAUCACCGGGGCACUCGAAGCAACUAUCAAGGGCGGCGUGGUCUACCCGUCGUUCUACGAGAAUGGGACCAUCUGGCACGUCGAAGGAAAGAUUUGGGGCACAACAAAAGACGGUAUCGAUUUCUUCGCGGAUGAGGUUGGGAUCGGUGGUCCCGUGCGGCGGUUAAAUCGUCUUACUUUCAACAUUGGCGGCGGCCAUGCAUACCUUACCACGGCGUACAUUAUCACUGUGCCGACCCAGCUGAACAACACAGUCAUUCUGAGCCAGGCCUUCUUGAUUAAUUAA